AUGACAACAUCAUCUUCUUAUGCAAUUGGUGUCGAUGUUGGAACAGGAAGUGUUCGAUGUAUGAUUUUUGAUGAUAAAUGGACACCUGUCGUUCAAUAUAAGAAACCGAUUUGUAUAUAUCAUUCAUCAUCUGCUCCACUUGAAUAUGAACAAUCAUCAACUGACAUUUGGGAAGCAAUUUGUUAUUGUGUUCGAAAAUGCUUCGAACUUGGAUCAUUUACAUCUGAACAAAUAGGACUUAUUCGUUCGAUUGGUUUUGAUGGCACGGGUUCACUUGUUGUUGUUGAUGAAAAAUAUGAACCUAUUAGUGUUUCUCGUUCGGGUAAUGAUGAACAAAAUAUAAUUAUGUGGCUUGAUCAUCGGUCACAUGCUGAGGCAGCUAUAAUUAAUUCAAGUUCAGAUGAAGUGUUAAAAUAUUUUGGUGGUAAAAUUAAUCCCGAAAUGCAACCAGCAAAAAUAAUGUGGCUUAAACGUAAUUUAUCUAAUGAGCAAUGGACACGUGCACAUUUUUUUGCUUUACCUGAUUAUUUACAUUUUCGUGCAACUAAACAAUUCGAUCGAUCAAUUUGUUCAUCUGUAUAUAUAUGUUAUCGUUCAUCGGAAACUAAACAUGGAUGGGAUGAAAAGUUCUGGACGAAAUUAGAUUUAGGUGAUUUAAUGGAAAAUAAAGGUGAAAAAUUAGGUCAACUUGUGCGAAACUCAUUUUCGAACUCGGCUACCGAUGUUUUAAGUAAAAAAGCAGCGGAUGAACUCGGCUUACCACAAGGUAUUCAUGUUGGUUUACCAUUAAUUGAUUCAUAUGCAGGAGCAUUAGGUGGAUUAGCAUGUAAAUCCCCAAUACCCGAAGCUCAUCUUACUGAGCGUUUGGUUAUAGUUGCAGGUACAUCAAGUUGUUUUAUGGCAUCCAGUGAAAAGGCAAUUUUUGUUCCUGGGGUUUGGGGUCCAUAUUAUAACGUUCUUAUUCCUAAUCUUUGGCUUAAUGAAGGAGGUCAAUCAGCAGCCGGAAAAUCUAUUGAUCAUAUAAUACAAAUCCAUCCAGCUUACAAUGAUUUAAAACAAUUAGCAGAUGAACAAAAUAAAAAUAUAUUCGAUAUACUUAAUGAAAUUUUACAUAAUCUACAAAAAAAAUAUAAAGUUGAUAAUAUAUCAUUAUUAAGUAGUAAUUUACAUAUGACGAUUGAUUUUCAUGGUAAUCGUUCACCAGUAGCCGAUCCCGAAUUAGGUGCUUCAAUAAGUGGUCUUCGUUUUGAUACGUCAUUAGAUAAUUUAGCAAUACAAUAUUUAGCUGUUUUACAAGCUGUUGCUUAUAAUAGUCGACAUAUAAUUGAAGUAAUGACCAAAGCUGGUCAUCAUUUUCGUGUUGUACAAAUUUGUGGUGGUUUAGCACGAUUAUCAUUAUUAACACAAAUCAUGGCUGAUGUUGUUCAAAUGCCUGUUUCUGUAUCGGAAGCAAAUUAUGAUUGUGUUCUAUUAGGUGCAGCUAUAUGUGGUCAAUUAAUAGCAGAUAAUCCACGACAAGUACAAGAUUUAUUAAAUGGUAUAGCUUGUCCAAUUCAAACUUAUAUGCCAGAUCUCAAAAUGGCAGAUUUUCAUAAAGAUAAAUAUGAAAUUUAUCGUCUAUUACAAAAAAUCGAAAUUGAUAGUCGUCAACGUAUGAGUAAAUAUCGUCAAUCAUAA